CUCUCUCCCCCCCUUUUUUUAUUAUUUUUGUUAAACGUGAUUAAUUAUUGAAAUCGUAAAAAAAUGGAACGUUGGGCUGGUAAAGUAGCUAUAGUUACUGGUGCAUCUAGUGGAAUAGGAUUAGCAAUAGCAAAAGCUUUUGUGCAGCAUGAAGUAGUGGUGAUUGGGUUUGCAAGAAGGAAAAAUAAAAUGCAGAAUGAGAUGCAAAAUAUUAAGGGAAAAGAUAAAGGAAAGUUUUAUCCAUACGAGUGUGAUGUAACAAAGCCCGAAAGUAUCGAACAAGCGUUUCAAUGGGUUAAGAAUACUUUUGGAACAGUUCAUAUCCUGGUGAAUAAUGCUGGGGUCGCCAUAGAUACUAAAUUUAUGGAUUCAUCCAGAACUGAUUGGCAAAGAUUAUUCGAUGUCAAUGUAUUAGGAUAUAUCGAUUGUACCAAACGUGCUGCUAGAAUGAUGUUAGAUUCUGAUGUGGAAGGUUAUAUUGUUAACAUAAACAGCAUGUCAGGACAUUAUCUAGGUACUUUCUCGGUAUGUAGUCUUAAUUUUUAUCCAGCAUCCAAAUGUGCUGCUGUUGCUGCUACUAAGAUUACACAAAAGGAAUUAUAUGGUAGUAAAAUUCGAGUGACGAGUAUCAGUCCAGGAUUAGUAUCUACAGAAAUCUUUCAAGCCAAUAGCUUCAAUUUUAAUCUGAACUCGAAUGUACCCGUGUUGGAAUCUGACGAUGUUGCAAAUGCCGUAAUUUAUGUAAUUGGAACUCCGCAACGCGUGCACAUUACUGAAUUGAUUAUUGCACCUUUUGGACAAAUUAAAUAGUAUUAAACGUGAAAUUAUCUGUAGUAUUUUAAAUAAGUAUGAUAUUAUUAUCAUAUUAAAGUAUUAUAUCGUCAAAA